AGAACAGCUCAAGAACUGCAAGGUAAAGUACGGUACACGUCUUUGUUUAUGCAUUGGAAACUGACGCAUAUUGUUAUUAUGUAAAAGGGGACACUGCUCGCGCCAUACAAAUUCUCGAACUGUUUACAGGUCAGUCCUCUUUGUUAUGCAAGAUUGAGUAUUGCUUUACUUGUUGGGUCUGAUUUGGAAGGGUUGAUCUGGAAGGAAACGAAAGGUUGCUAAUUGAACGAAUGAAAUGGUAAUAGAUCCAAGCAAACGCGAUGUGAAAAUGCUCAUUCCUCAAAGUGUUCUUGCUAAUGCGCAUGGACUCGUCUUUAUUCGAAUGUAUCGAGGAGGGUUUAUGGUAUCGGCCAAGAAAGGCACGGGAAUUAUCAUUGCACGGUUACCAGAUGGAAGUUGGUCCGCGCCUUCUGGAAUUUCUAUGGGAGCAUUGGGAUUUGGACACCAAGCAGGCGUUGAAGUGAUCGACUCGAUCAUCGUCAUGAACUAUCGAGCUGCAGUCAAGUCAUUUUUCGAUGGCGGAGGUCAACUUCAGCUGGGCGCCAACGUGUCUGUGAGUGCAGGUCCUUUGGGUCGCGCUGCCAAUGUGUCAGCAGCCGCAUCAAGUGGCCAGUAUAUCUCUGCGACCUAUGCUUAUAGUGCAUCCAAAGGUUUAUUUGCAGGUAAAAAUAGAAACCAGCUUGUGCCUUUUCUUCAUGUGUGUGUUGGGUGGGAGCUGAGCGGUGGUGGUAAAUAAACAAAUAUUGACUAGUAGUGCCGUGUUUACAGGGUACUCGUUUGAAGGUUCCAAGAUAUCCGAACGCGUGAACACAAACGCGGCGUUUUACGGAAGAAGUAUUGGUGCACGAGAGAUUUUGACAGGUGGAGUGCCUCGACCUCCUCAAGCUCAGCGGUUGUACGAUAUUUUGGCAUCGCUUGGCGCAGGUCCGCGACCCGGCAUGCCCUUUGCUCCAAAGAAGGGUCCACCCUUGCCUGUACCACCAUCACAGCAACAACAGCAACAACAGCAACAACAACAACAACAACAACAGCAACUCCCUUCAUCGCCUUAUCAUUCCUCUUCACCUUACUCUCCACGAUACAAUAACAUUCCCGGAGUUGGUAACGGAGCAGCAGCA